AUGUGGCAACUCAUCAAGAAGGUGGUAAAGAAAAAGACCUCAAGUGCACUCCAUCACAGUUCAGUUAAAUAUGCCCAAGAUCUUGUUGAGACCUGGUCACAGCAAUCCAGUGUUCAUAGCCUUCCUUCACAUAUACAAGAGCUGCUCUCUCUGAAAACCCGUUGUGCUUUACACCUGUCAGCAGCCCUGCUAAGGAAAGAUGUGGAAGAAGACAUACCAAUAACAAAGGAUGAACUUUGUCGUGCUCUUGCUAGCGGUUGGACGAAGAGCCUCAUUGUACCUGUUCCUAAGCCAGGCACUGACAAGUUUAGACCAAUAUCCCUUACAUCAUGCUUCUAUAAAGUGCUGGAGUGUAUCCUCUUAUAUUGCCUUAUGUAUCGCCUUCAGGACAAACUAUCAUCCAGGUUAUAUGGAUUCCUGCCACAACGCAGCACACACCAUUGUCAAUUGGAGCUUUACACUCGCCUCUCCUCUACAAGUCUUGUCACAUUCAUUGACCUGAAAAGUGCCUUUGACAUUGCAAAUCCAGAUGUGAUCCUCGACCAGCUUGUGGACUUUGGUGUUAGUGGCAAUCUCUUGCGAUGGAUACGAGGGUACUUAAGCAACAGAUCAUCCUAUGAUCUCUUUAAAGGUGUCUGCAGCACACGUAAGUGCUUUGGCCUUGGGACUCCACAGGGAGGUGUCUUUAGCCCAUUUCUUUUCAAUAUCCUUAUGCACCGCCUCAUAUCCCAGCUACCUGACAUCCCAGGGACAACAAUUACGUGCUAUGCUGACGACAUCUGCAUUCACUCCAACUCACCAGAAGAUCUACAGCGCUUACUUCAUCUAUUUUAUGAAUCAAUCUCUUCAUGUGGCCUCAUCAUCUCUCCUGAAAAAAGUAGGAUCUUUUCUCUACAAAACCCACGAACACUACCUGAACUUCUAGUGGGCCCCAGCAUUAUACCAUUCUGCACACAGUAUCUUUACUUGGGUGCUCCAGUUCGAGUCCUUCCCACCACACCAGCACGUCAACAUGUCCAUCCCAUUGUCGAAGAAUUACUGACACUGCUACAACGGCGCCUUGAACCCCUUCGCUGGUUAACCAACAAUACUGCUGGGGUCUCCAUUCCUGUGGCCAGAAAUAUUUAUACAGCUUUUAUCCGUUCAGUAGUUGAUUAUCUAUCUCCAACUCCUAGUCAACUCUCCAAGACAACGCUAGAUCCCCUAGAAAAAUUUCAGAAUAAGGCAAUGCGCUGCAUUCUAGGAUGCCCAAUGUCCACAAGGAUUGCUAACAUGCAGCAGGAGCUUCAUCUCCUUCCUCUUGUGGAACGAAUCUAUGCCAAUGUAACAUUCUUUACUGUUAAGUGUCUCCACUCCUCCAGUCUUGCUCCACAUUAUGCAGGCCUUAUUAAUAUGUCUCUUGAUCCCAAUUCUCGUCCCCCACAACUCCGACCAGGUGGCUGUGCUCUUAUUAGGAAUGUUUGCCGAGACCUUAGAAGAUUGGACAUUAAUGUUCCCCAAGAGGAAGUUGACCAUGGUCCUCCCCCGUGUCAGAUUCCUCCUCUAGCAGUUUCCUACACUCCCACCUGUAGGAGGGACUUACCCUGCCAACAGAAACAACUAGCCCUCGAGACCAUUGACAAAGUAAGGUCUUCCAUUCCUGCCUCUCACACCCUCUACAUUGACGGUUCCUUACAAAUGGAUGGAACUGCAGGCUGUGCUGUCUUCUCUCCUACCAUGGAACCACCGUAUGGGGGAUGGACUGGACGCCGUCUGCAGGACUGGUCAAGCUCUACCUCCUGUGAACUGCAUGGGCUCCUGGAUGCUGUUAGCCUACUUCUACGGACUGGAAGUAAUGGACUAGUUAUUUGUGACUCGCAGUCUGCCCUUCCUGCCCUCUCCUCGCCAAAGCCUGAAGCCCAUAGCCUAGUCAAUCAAAUACUGCGCCAUCUAGUCACAGCCAUUGGACAUGCACUUGUAAUACAUUUCCUAUGGAUUCCCUCGCAUGUUGGAGUAACAGCGAAUGAAGUUGUAGACCGUCUUGCCAAAGCUGCCUGUAGGUUUGUCUUACCUGCGGCUGACGUCUCGCCAGCAACCCUCACCUACUACAAGCGGAGGAUACGUGCUUCCGCUCAUUUGUCAACCACCCGGCGCAGGAACGCCGAGCGGCCAGCGAGCGUAAGCAUCCAGCAUUACGACCACUUUGCCUCUCAUCCCUACAAAUACCGACGCCGCGGUCUGUUGGUAAGAAGACACAAUGUGGUGGCUGCCCGGCUCCGCAUUACUGCCAUUACUACUUUCGAGUGCCCAAAAGCUGCUGAUCUCAUAUCAAAGAGAGACUCUGUCUUAGACGUCUGCAAGUCCUUAUUAGCAGAGGACAAUCUAGAUCUAAAUCCAUGGCGUACCUUACGCACACCACUUCCACCCUUAGGUCAGGGUGGGAGCAGCAGUCACUCUCGAGUUGACCUUCAGCUCAGUUAUAAUCAGUCCUGUUAUGAGAUUGUCGGGCAGUCCUGUCAUAAGAUUGCGCUAGGAAGUAAUUCUGCAUGUCGCAGAAAUCCAAAAAGACAAGUUGGAUCUUUAACGGGGAGCAUCGCCAAGAAGUAG